CAACACUGAUGGACACAGCCGAGACCGUUCAGCACUGUUCAGAACAGGAUCCGAGCACAGCUCAAAGAUGACCGAGGCGUGGAUGUAGAUGUAGGGAUCUGUGGGUCAUAAACACUGCUGGAGUUCACUGUGAUCGUUUUGUAACGAGGGUUGUUCUUUGUUGAGUUUUCUGCCUGGCUGUUUUUAGAGGACCAGUGGACAGCUGUUGAUUUCAGCCUCGAAUCUGCUCUCAUAUCUGGGCUGGACGUGGAGGUAAAAGAGUUCAGCAUGAGGAAUAACGAGGAGACUGAGGGCUUUGAUGGUGAGGCGUCCAACACCUCGAUGAUUUCAGGAGCCCAUAGUCCGUAUCAGCCGACCACCGAGCCCGUGCACCCCAGGAACGUGUUCAGGGCCAUCAGGUGUGACCUGGACUACAUCAAGUCACAUUUCGGGAUUUUAAAACUUAUCGAAGUGGUCCUGGCUCUCAUCUCAUUCAUCUUCAUUGAGACCAUAAUGAUGUGCUCGCCCUGUGCCGCCGUCUACCUCUUUGAGUUUGUCAGUUGCAGUGCCUUCAUUGUCACAGGAGUCUUGCUCCUCAUCUUCGGCCUGAACCUGCACACCAAAGUGCCCCAUAUCAACUGGAGUCUAACAGAUCUAAUCAACACUGCCACCAGCACCUUGUUCUUUUUUCUGGCUUCAGUGGUUUUGGCAGCUCUCAACCAUCAAACUGGAGUAGAGAUUGCAGCUGUGAUUUGUGGGUUCCUGGUCAUGGGUGUGUAUGGUCUGAACACAUAUUUGGCAGUCCAGAGAUGGCAUCACGGGGACUCGCGAGACGGACCCCUGCAGACCAGCGAGUACAUCCGUGCCGGCACAGCCUCACGGGGGGAGAUGGAGUCACGGCCUGAGCUGCAGUAAAGCACACAGCUGGACCAAAAAACACUGAGACAACACAUUUCUCAUGAUGGAAGCCUGAUGUCAGGAUGAGCGCUAACAAACAAACAAUUGCGUGGACAGUCUGAAAUGGAACAAACUUAUGGCACCUUUAUCACCAUCAGACUCAGGCCGUUGUCAUGUGACUGUAUGCUAAAAUACUGUAUCUGUCUGCUAAUUAAGGGCUUUACCUUACCAUGGUCUGAAUAAUUAUUGACUGACACUGACUCCACUGUGCUCCUAAAUUCCCCUCUGCAGUUGUGUAAACUGCAGUUCCAUCGGGAUGUUUUUGGGUAGAGAUGGUGUGACUAGAUAUUAGGAGCACCAGUAUUUAUUUCAAUGUUAAUUAUUUUUGCAAUACCACAGGUACUUUGGUAGCUACAUUGUAUAAAAUUUCGUAUUUCAACUUGUGAAUGUGACCCUGCGUUACAACAGACAGCAACAGCUUCAGAUUGUCUGUGUGGGUGAAGAGAGGUGUGAGUUCAUGGCACUUUUUAGAUACAUAUGUAGUCUAGAUACUAAUCUAAAUUUGAUACAAGGUUUUGGUUACAAAAUUGUGUGUGCGUAGUUUACCUUUUGUUUUUUGUUUUGUUUUGUUUUUUUGGUCGUUGUUGUUUGUAAGAAUUUCUCUACUCCACUGUGUACUCCAACCCUCGAUUUAAGCAAGGGUAGAGUUUUUAAAGAAGGUGUAAAUAUUAUGUAUCCUUGUGUGACAUUUGACAUUUAUGAAGGUUUCCUAUUUGUAUGAAUUCUUAUUAUGACUGACACUAAUAGACUGUAUUUGAAGGAACAAGUGUACAAAUGCAUUAGCUAAACUGUGUAUUUUAUUUGAUUUUCUUCUGUGUGCCUUAACUGUAGAGGCUAGUCAAAAGGCUCAAAACUUUUGGACACUAAUGUUAGGACCACUUUAGCAGAAUGACUGCUUCAGAGGGUGUGAAAUUCAAACAUUUUAUCCGCAGUCUCUGAUGAACUGAUCCCUGGUAUGAUGAUCUGUUUUUCUGAAGUGCUUUGUUGACACUCUAAUGGGUGUUUGUAAAAGGAGUGUCAUAGAACAACAUCGGGGGAAAUGAAAUGUAUCUUUUACUACAGAUUUUAAGGCAUUGUGCAAUUGUAUGUGAUCAUUUUUGUUUAUAUACAGUAUUAAUAGUUGUGUCUUAUUUUAAAUUCUUAAAUGAAAUCACUUUUAUGUUUUGGAACAAGACCAAAUGUUGAAAAGAAGUCAUUUUGAGGUGUGGACUCACAUUAUAGACAUUGAUCAACACUGUGUGUGCUUGAAAAUGUUAAAAGACAAUCACAAGAAUGAUUUUCUUAAUGAAGGACUCCCCAUGAAAGUGCAGUUUAUUUUUCCUCUUUUGAAAGCAAUACUAUGUGCUUAUGCUUUAAUAAUGUGCAAGAGCUUUGACUCUGUGCUGAAAGAUUUUAGCACUGAUUUUGACUGGUUUUUUGGUUUGACUAUUUUCAACUCACAAAUCAUUUAAGUGUUUUUAAGGAAAUAAGUUGACAAUCUGAGGGAGUCAAAUUUUGAUAAUGAUUGUAGUUUCUUGCUGACAUUUCCCGUAUUGAAGAAAGCAAUGUUUUAUUCCAUGUAACAUUGCUAUAAAGUUGUAUUUUUGUAUUUAUAGAUAUGUGCAUAGACUUACUUAAUGCUAAUUGUUUAAAACAUUUGUGAUGGC